AUGAAUUGUCUCUUAUUGCAGAUGUCAUACACCAAUGCCAUUGCUCUUUACGACUACAAAGCCACGCAGAAUGAAGAACUCUCCAUAAAGAAGGACGAGAAACUGGUCAUUCUUGAUGACAGCAAAUCUUGGUGGCAUGUGGAAAAUUCAAAGCAUGAAACAGGAUAUGUCCCUUCCAACUAUGUGAAAAAGAGCAAACCUAAUGCCAAAAACUGGUUAAAAAGUUUAGGACCUGGAAAAUCGUCAAAGGAAAAUGGAGCUAUGAAUUCACCUGGUGAAUACUUUGUUCCACAAGAUGUUUUAAAUGCAUUAGAAACUGUAAUUGCUAAAUUCAAUUUCCAGCCACAACAUGAUGAUGAACUUGUAUUGAAGAAAGGUGACAGAAUAACUGUUCUUGAGAAGAAGGAAGAUGGCUGGUGGAAGGGAAAAAUCGGAAAAGAUUCAGGCUGGUUUCCAUCCAAUUAUGUACUUGCAGAAGAGAACUCAAAAGUUGCUAAAUCUAUCCCUGAUAAACCAGUACUUCACAAAGUGAGGACACUGUAUAACUUUGAUCCGAAAAAUCCUGAAGAGCUUAGUUUUAAAAAGGAUGAGAUUCUGGAUAUAAUUGAGAAACCUGAUGAUGACCCUGAGUGGUGGGUCGCAAAAAAGUCAGAUGGUUCUUCAGGACUGGUCCCUAGUAAUUAUAUCGUAAAAGUAGACAAUGAAGGCAAAAUGCCAAUGCUGAAUGCUGAGCCAGCGGCUGAAAGUAAAGAACCACGAAGAGCAAUUUUGCCUCAGCAUAAGAAACUUCCAUUUGUUGAUGAGGCAUGGUUUUGGGGGAAAAUCACCAGGGUUCAGGCUGAAAAGAUGUUGAAUAGAAAUGCAGCGGAUGGAGAUUUUCUAGUAAGAGUGAGUGAAACUCAGGUAAGAAGUUACACCUUCAACCUUUAAGUGUUGCGAGCAUGAUAUUUCUGUGAACAAUGUUGCUGCUGAAUGGAACUGUUUAAUUCAGAUGAACAAAGAAAAGUAGUGUAAGAAUCUUUUGAUUGUUAAACAAAUUUUCCUGAUCAGUGCCGUAGGAAAUUUCUGGAGAACAGUAUAGAAAAUAUGCAUGCUUAUAUUAGAUUAACAGGGAGGGACUUGUGGGGCAACUUUUAAUUCUGGGACAACCAGGACUCAAAAAAUCAAUCAGAGGGUUCUGCAGGAUUGUAUAAUUUCCUGUAAAAGUUCUCUGUUAGGCUCUCAACUGAAGCUUGAUUUUACAGAACCUUCUUCCCGAUAACAAAAGUUCAUAACCCUCUGACCCCAAGAGUGACUAGCAUCUAAUUUCUCUUGACAGUAUUACCCCUAAAUCACACAUUGAGGCUGUGAGAUUGAAAGAAAUGAUAGCCAACUGAUAGAGCUCUUGAUUGUUAAACAAAUUCUCCUUGUUAGCACCUAAGGAAAUGUAUGAAGAACAGUCACUGUCACUGAGUCUGUCAUGACUACACAUAAGUUGCCUUUUAGAAACAGAUCCAUAAUAAGAGAGAUGUGGGCAAAUGGAAAUAUACUUGAGAACAGGACAGAGAUGGACGCAGAGUUUUUUCUCUGUUCAUGUUCCUUAGCAGUUUCAUCUCAGGGUCUGCUGUUGAAGCUUUUCUUUGGUUUUUCUCUCAAAGAUGCUUAAUUGCUGAAAAAAUAUUGUAUUUGGUCCCAGAGAUGAACACAACAUGGUUGAUUGUUUUUCAAAACUAAAGCACAAUUAGCCUAUUUUUUUCUUUUGUCUUGCUAGGAGGGAGGAUAUUCAGUGUCCAUGAAAGCUCCAGACAAAAUCAAGCAUUUUAGGGUAAAUUUUACAGAUGGAAAAUAUAAAAUUGGUCCACGAAGCUUUGACAGAGUGGAAGACUUAAUAGAACAUUACAAGAGGAAUCCCAUCUUUACAGAUGAAGCCGGUAACAAGAUGUUUUUGGUUAAACCCUUUGAGGAAGGGUCUUAGUAAUGAAGAUUUCCCUAAACAUUUCACAAAAUUUUGAACAGAGCAAGAAGCAUGAUUUCAUUUGUCUGUUGAAUAAUUGAUGUCUUUGAGACUUAACAGAGAAAACUUAUCAAUGUCUAAUGUGAAAUUUCCAUUACAAAGCAGAAAUUUUCUGUAUUGAAGUGAGCAUUCACUUUACAAAAAAAUGUACAAAUUAGUCUGCAAACUUUGAGAAAGGAUAUAUUGUAUACCCUGUCAAUUCUAUGGCAAGGAAUCCACAAAAAGUCUACCAAGUUGAAAUGAGCUUGGAGAGUUCAUACACAAUGGUACAAUUUGUAGACAAAGUUCAGUGACUUCUACAGGGGCUGCUAAACAUCUACUGACAGGCCAAAUCAUACUUGUGAGACAACUUUGUAACUACUUCAUGGCCAUCUGAGUUGGGACUAUUAGAUUGCAGAUGCAGCAAGAACUCUAAAUAUUUAAUAUUUACUUACAGUGACUCUGGAUUCUGACAUGCUUGAGUUUUGUGAAUGAGCAAGUUUACUUUCAAUAAUGUACAUGAGAAAAUUACUUGCUUCUGAUUGGCUGAAAAUGAGUGCAUUCUCAUGUAAUACAAGUGCAAAAUUACAAAUAGCACAUACUUGCUUUCAAAAUUUCAUCUGUCUUGCCUUUCUGUGAUGUCUUUCCAUGCAAAUUUUUAACAAGUAAUACCAUGAUUUCUCUUGCAAUUUGGUGUGAUAAACACUUGUAAAUUUUUCAAAGACUACAAAUUGCACAUGCCCUACAGGCCUGUGCAAUUUUGUUGUCUUCAAAAAAUUUACUCAUUCUUGGAUGGUAGUAUGUCCACAGGCACAGCAUGUAGAGAGAGCUGAGUAUGGUAAUAAUGUCACAGUAUGCUCAAAAAUUAGCAUGACAAAAAACUAGUGAAAGUGAAUUUAAGUUUGUUCUAAGUUCUAAGUGGAAUUUAGUUUUGACCUUAACUGGUCUUAAAUCAAGAUGUGAUUAAGUAAAAUUAAGAUUUAUGGGAGGUCAUUGCAUUGUAUAAGUUGUACAUAUAUUUGAAGCUCAUCGGUUUGCAGAAUUUAUUGCAGAAUUUAUCUAAAUGCAUAACCCUAGAUUGAACAUGUAGGCAGGACCUUUGGAUCAAAAAGGACACAAGUUGACUUCCAUUGGUUUUGAGCUUAACACUGUAAAACGCAUUCAUCACUAUUUAGAGUAAUUUUAUUUUAUUCAUUUUUUUCUGGCCUUUUUACUGUACAUGUAGUUCCAGAGUACCACAGUUGCAUAAUAAAGCUUCCAAUUGCCUCCACUGUUAAAA